CUGAUCGAGGAGAAGCUGCUUCGAGCAAUGAAAGUAGCUCACAGUACAACUCCUACCAGCAGGCCAUGUUCAUGGCACCUACUUGGCUACCGCAAUCCGACAUCACUCCGCUCUCUCAGCUGGACCCGCCUCCGACUCGGGAUUACCUGCCACAGCAAGAAUCUCCAGGGCAACAAGUACAGCUCGAUAGAGUGAUUGGAGGCAUGAGUGGCCUCUCGGGCUUUCCCGAUGCCGAUGUGGCGCAAUGGCAAACAACAUUCCCCUCCGGGAUAUUAUCACCCCUGGAGGAUUUGUUCGUAUCUCCCCUCCUUCCGUGGAAAGGGCCUCCGACGAGAUUCAACAACCCGAGAGGUAAUAAUGUAACCGGUCCACCAGGUCAGACUCAACAGUCCCGCUUCCAAUCCUCCAUUGCCAACUUAUCCAGGCGACAAUCUGCCCCAGCGUCGUCGUCGACAUCAACACCGAUGCCGAUGCCGACACUAAGAGAGUCGGGGAUAGAUGACACUCCGCGGAAGAGGCCAUCUACAAGCGUAGAUCUGGCUACGUUUGACGUGACGGAGCACCAACGGUCUCUCCUCGCCCAGUUCAAUGCGACAUCAAACCCAAUCCCCCUCGUCGCGCCGAUCGACUCGCAGUGGAAAUCGGCAUAUUUGUCUUUGAUGAGCAUGGCCCGUGACUGCUCGUACCUGAUCAAUGCCAUAUGUGCGGUAUCUGAGCUCCACCUAGCAAACUCGCGCCGAGGUUCUGUUGAGCAAGCCUUUGGCUACUAUCAGAGCGCGACUACCAAGGCGGAGGCGAUCCUAGAGAUGGCCAGUAUUCGCGUGGAAGAUUGGACGUUAAAGCAGGCCUUUGCAACACUAUUCCUCCUGAUGCAUGCAGAAAUCAUGGCACAACCCCUUGCAGGCCCUAGGCGAUGGCCAACAACCCAUCUACGAACAGCCUACAGACGCCUAAGGCAACAUAACGAGAAGCUCAAGUCCUGGACAGGCAUCGGUAGUCACAUCCUGUCGUGGAUCCAAAUCAUCGACAACAAGGCAGUCUACGCCGCAGGCAUGGAAAACGAAACGGACCGUCCAUCUCCAGACAUGGACCUCCCAGCCAACCAACCCAGCCCGAACGGAACAAUAGCAGACACCACUUCCGGACAAUGUCCUUCACCAGGCCCUUCCCGCUCAGUGCAUCUCUCCUCCGACACCCCACAAGACCAGCCGAAUCCCCCGGCCCGGGUCCUAGACACCCCCCCACCAGCAGACGAACCCCCUUCCGCAGCAGAGAUAGCCUACGACGCGCUCAACCGCCCGGCCUACCGCUUCUUCUUGCGCUGCCAGGCCUAUAUCCCGCGCAUCAUCUCGCUGGACCGCCACCACCGCCCGCGCGGCACGCUGGACGCCGAAUUCGACGUCCUCCGCGCGGGCCAGCGCCUGCGCGCGGAGCUGCGCGACCUGUGGGCCCGCCGCCCCGCCGGCCUCGACGUGCUUGCCGAUGGGGCCGGGUUGCUUGAGGUGUUGCAUCCGCAGGUUGCGGGGAGGAUCAUGCGGGGGUUUGCGGUUUAUGUGGCGCAUUUUCAUGCCAUUGGGAUAUUGCUGCAUCGGGUGGCGUUUAUACAUUACCCGGCUACUGAGGAGGUUAGAAGGGCGAUUAAGGAGAUUUUGAGGUUGGCUAGGAACCAGAUUGUGGGAGGAGCGGGGGAUGAUGACCAGAAUGGGGGUUGCGCGUCCGGGUUGCAGGGACCGUCUCAGGAUGGUUGGGAACCUGGUGAUGGCGCUUCAGGUCCGACUGCGCCUCCUCCUGUGGGCCUGUCGCCGGGCAUCCCCUGGCUUUGGCCUCUAUUUAUGUGUGGGUUGGAAUGCAGCCUCGAGGAGCGAGAGUGGGUGUUGGACCGGAUGCAUGGUAUGAAGGGGUCGGUGAAUGCCGAACGUACGGCGAUUCUUCUGUCCGAGGUCACCAAGAGACAAGACGAGCGGGACGAGAGAGUCGACCAGAGGACCGUGAGGCAGGAUAUAUUUGACGAUGACUUCAGCGUUGUGUACUAAUUAGUCAGAU